AUGGCCGAGACUGCUUCCGAGCCUCGGGCUAAGCCCACCAAGCCCGAUGAGGAGGCCUACAAGGUCAAUCUUGCACAAGCCGAAAAGGAACACGCCGCUGCUCAAGAAAAAUUGAACCAAAUCAAGGCCAAGUUGGAGACCGCCAAGCCGAACAACCAGGACUCGCCGACGGCCAAGAAACAGCAGGAACUCCGCGCCGAACUGUCAUCGAUCCGCCAGAAACAGCAGGGCUUCAAGUCCUCGCGGUCCAGCACCCAGGAGAAGAUCAAUGCCCUGGACUCGACUCUGAAGGCUCGCAUUGCUGAGCAGAACAACUCACGGGGUCGCAUGUCGUUCAAGAAUGUGGAGGAGAUCGACCGGGAGAUCGCCCGCCUCGAGAAGCAGGUCGACUCGGGCACCCUGCGUCUUGUGGAUGAGCGCAAGGCCCUCUCUGAUAUCUCAAACCUGCGCAAGCAGCGCAAGAACUUCGCGGGCUUGGACGAGGCCCAGAAGGGGAUCAAUGACCUGAAGGCGCAGAUCGCUGACCUCAAGAAGACCCUCGACCACCCGGAGUCUAAGGCGCUGAGCGACAAUUACACCGAGAUCCAGAAGCAGCUUGAUGCCAUCAAGGCGGAGCAGGACGGUGUUUUCAAGAACCUGAACGCACUGCGGGACGAGCGCACCAAGCUGCGCAACGACCAGCAGCAGAAGUACUCAGCUAUUCGCACGAUCAAGGACAACUACUUCAAGGCACGCCGCGCCUACAAGGAGUACGAGGACGAGGCCUGGCGCAUCCGCCGCGAGCGCCAGAAGAUCGAGCGCGAGGCCUUUGAGCGCGAGAAGCGGAAGAAGGUAGCCGACAAGAAGCUGGAGGAGGCCUCGCACCCGGCCUUUGCCGACGAGAUCCUCACGGGCCAGGGUCUCAUCCGCCACUUUGACCCCGCCUACAACUUCGCCGCUCUGGGCUUGGAUGAUAAGAAGACCGAGGGCAGCAACUUCCGCGCCGGGGUCGGCCGCACUGUGGACUCUUCUGACCUAAAGGGCAUGCGGGUGGUGCGCAAAGAGGACCGUGAGGACGACUACUUCGCUGGUACUGGUGGCAAGAAGGGGAAGAAGGGAAAGAAGGUUGGCGCGGCCGGUGGUGCUGAGGCAUCCAAGUUCAACAUGAACGUCGGCAUUAUCGAGGACUUCGCCAAGGUCAAGAUCGACCCGCCCAUGAACCAGUCGGACGUCCCGGCCGCGGUUGAGAAGCUGGCCGCCAAGAUCACCGAGUGGAAGAAGAACCAGGCCAGCAAGACUGAGGAGAACAUCAAGAAGGCCAAGGAGGAAAUCACCCGCCUGGAGGAGGAAGAGGCGAACAUCCCCCAGGCCAAUGGCCGGGCCACCGACGCCGGGAAGAAGCCCGCGCGCGAGAACGGAACUAACGGUGCCCCGACUGCGGAGGCGGAGCUGACGCAGGAGAAGGACGCGGUGGCGGAUGCUGCGGAUGAGCUCAAGAAGGCGUCGAUCGAGGACAAGGCAUAG